UCUAUUUGAAGGAGGGGAGCGAGGGAAGGGAAAGGAUGAGAGAUAUCGAAGGGGAAGGGGUGAGGGGAGGAGGUGCUGAAGCUGCUGCGAAGAGGAUCGGGUUUUGGGCUCUGUGCGUUGCAUUCAGCGGAAAGGGCUGAGGGUUGAGAUUUUAUGGGAGCGAAGGAGGGGUUGACAGAAGAGAGUGAGCACACAUCGGGGAAAAUGGCAUGACGUGGUGCUGUUUCCGCUGCGUGCUCACUUCUCUUCCUGUCAUCCAACCUUUGUUGUUCUAUCCUCCUGUUCUCGUCGCUCGAGAGCAACGCUCGCUAUCUCUUCUCGGGAGUCCCAUGCAUCGGUCUUAUCUGUCUGCUCGUCUCGGGAGUUCCAUGCAUCGAUCUUAUCCGUCGGCUCGUCAGAUUUGUGUGGCAAAGUGUGGUGGAUGGUUUCCGAGGGAAAAAGCGUGACUUUUGAGAAGGAAAGAGAGUACAGACCGCCUCUGUCCGGACCGAAUUGAAGGGAACAAUCGAGAGGGAGGAAGAAACUAGAAAGAGUACAUUACGCUACUCCUAUCACUCAGCGGUCUGUGCGGCCUGAACGGAGGCUACUGUUUGGCAAGUCCUAGCUUUCUUCUUGUUCUCUUCCCUUCUGUGUGUUUCUUUAGUUUCUUUGCUUUCCCUUGUUUCUUGCUGGUUUUAACUAGGGUUUGGUGGUAAGCUAAUAAAAUUUAUGGAGAAGAGGAGCCCUUGGUGGUUUGUCUCUAUGGCGGCUUCGUGAGGGCGGAGAAAGCUUCAGCUUUGAUGAGGUUGAAAGAAGAUUCAGUUUUGAUGGCAUGCCAUGAGUAUCAGCUGACAAGUCUCUUUCUCCAAUUCAAUUUGCUAUUUACCCAGCUGAAGGCCUUGGCAUGCAGACUGUUGAAUUGUUUCUCGAGGAAGGUUCAGUUUGAUUGGUUUGCUUCCUGUCUUCUAAUCCCUUGUAUAUAUGUUGCUGUCUGGACUUCGUUCUUUCUUCCUAAAGACAAACUAGGCUUCAAUGAGUUUGCAAGAAUUGACUUACUCCAAAGAAUACAAGGAACAUGCAUAUGGGUGGCCCAGAAUUUGAAUAGACAUUUUUAUUCAAAUGCCUAGUAGGAUUAUUUUAAAGGCAAAGUAACUAGAAUCAUCUUCAGAUUACAAUAGAAUGAACUCGAGACAAAACUUUUAUCGUAGAGUCAGAUUUCUCAACGUAUAUACAUCAAGUCUACUUUUUAAUAAUGGAAAACAUUCUUUAAGAAAAAACACUGAUGGAUAACCCAUGACUUAACGAAAGUACAUCCAAUCACAAAAAAAACAUGCCAUGAUGUUCCAACUAGUUGUGUAUGCUACUUAAUCCCUUCCUACAACUGAGCUCUUUUUAUGAAAGUAUUACUGCUCAAACUAAGAACAAUGAAACCUUAUUUUAUUUUAUAAAUGAAGUUUCUUAGAUCACCUCUACCUCUCUUAAUACGAUUAAUCAUGAUUCAUCUUGUCUAACUAGAAAGUUUAUAGGUCUUCUUUAGACAUGUCGAACCAUUUAAGUAGUUUUCGCUUACUUUUUCUAUCAAAACUACACCUAGUUAUUGAUGAAUGUAGUAAGCAUUUCUUACUCUAUAUUAUGGGAACAUCUUGCGUCCAUCUCGGCAUCCUCAUAUCAAACCGCCAGAGAUUUCAAACAAAAAACAAGGGUGUCAUCCCACAAAUUGCUUGCUUACAAAUGUUGGUCUCUGCAUUUGAUUUUCUGAAUUGGGUUGUUCUAGUAUCCUCAUGACGAAUUGCCUAUUCUUGGUGAUGUUUGGCUAACAAACCAAAAUAGGUAGGUUGGUGUUGAAUGCCACAAACUAAAUUUCCUUAAAAAAAUUCCUUGGUAAUUGGUUUUCACAUUUGGGUUGUAGUUGAUUUAGUAUGUCAGUGUAAAUUUUGACUGAUUCCUAGCUUAAUUGGGGAUCAUGGUUGCAUGACAUAAGUAUGAGCUUAGUAUCAAAUUGGUAUUAGCAUUCUUGUUUUAAUUUAUAGUUUUUCUUAGUUUUGCAUGAUUAACUAUUUCUUUAUUACUCAAGGAUGGGUUCCAUUUGUGCACGUUCCCAAACAUUGAAUUAACUAGGAGCCUACUUGAGUUACCUGUAAUCCUGGUGAAGAUUCUGAUAUUUGGAGGAUUCACUCUUACAGCAAAGGUGAUGGGUUCCUUCUCUUUUUGCCAGUCAUCAUGUUUGAAUUUCAUUCUUUAGAACUAGUUCAUGCAAGCAGUCAAAUAAUUAAGAAUUUCUUAUGAUUACAUACUCACGGAUGGGUUCUAUUUGGGCACAUCCCAAACAUUGGACACACAAACUAGGAGCCUACUUGAGUUACCAGUAAUCCCAAUGGAGAUUGUGAUGUUCGGAAGUUUCACUCUUACGGCAAAGGCAAUGGGUUCUUUAUCUCUUUGCCAGUUAUUAUGUUUAAGUUUCAUUCUAGUUUAUGCUAGCCAUCACUAAUUUUCUGUUUGAGCAAUCCCAUUCAUAAUCUAUUUGGUUUAGUUAUGACUAGGUUUGACCAAAGGAACUAUAAGCCUUAUGGCACAGCACCUGUUAAAUUGUAGAUUUAGUUGGUACCUUAGAUGGAACAUGCAAUUUCUUCACUGAGGUAAAGUCCAUCUAAUAACUCUGCUUUUUGUAAUGUUGAAGCCCAUGUCAACAAAUUAUCUUGUAACUUGUUUAAACUGGUGUUAGGCUAGUUUAUGUAAACAUGGCAUUCUUGACUUCAAAAAAAAAAACAACAAACAAACUAUUGCAGUCUCAAGAUGUAUUAUGGUAAAAGCCCUCUGUAAUAUAAGAGUCUCACAUUAGCCAUUUUUGCUGACCUCCCACAAGUUCACAUAAAGAGAAAAAAAGGAAGAGAAAAUAGUCAAAUACUUUAACUAGAAGAAAGUAUCAUUUUUUGCACCAUCCAUAGACUAAGGCUUCAAAGAUGCCUUAGUCUAAUCAACAAUCAAAAUUUCAAAAGAAGUUCUGAUCUGCAUGCUAUCAAGGAAUCACAAGCAUAUGCAGCUGCAUAUGCAAUUUAAUUAAAAUAUUCAAAAUUAAUAUUUAAUUGAGUGUAAGUAAAGACUGCACAAUCAAGGCCAAAGUCCAAACUUAUUAUUAUGCUAAGACCCAAGCAAAAAAUAUAUUGAUUUCAUUUAUUCUCAAUGAAGAACUUAUUUAGGUGAUAAGUUACAAAAAAUAAAUGAGGGCAAUUGUGAAUUCUCACAUUUAUGGAUAUACAUAGUAGUAUCAAGAUAAUAAGAAUACUUGACGCAAUAUAGACAAAAAGGAAAUAUGAAUCACAUACAUGAUCAUGUCUUCAUGCAUUUUGUUGUUGAUCUUGAUCUCAAUCAAAAUCAAACACUAACUAAUACUGACUCAUCUUGCAGAGGUGGGAAACCUUUCACCAUAUUUCUUAUGCAAAUAAGAAAACUUCCAUUUUUUAUAUAAAAGGGAACUUCAAAUCUGUACGGUAUUAAGAGGGUGCUUUCCGCCAAACUUUAGAACAGUUAUGAGAUUUUAAAAAAUAAUGGAGUUUGUAAGUCCCUAAAAGUCCAUCCAAAAAGACAUCACAUGAUAUUGCAAUCAAGUGAAAAUGCAAAAAAGACAUCCAACUAUAUUUAAAAUAAGUUUAAAAAUGUGGAGGACAAUUUUAAUAAUCCAAACCUUUGAUUCUAAAUAAAAGAUUUUAGUUUGCGUUCAACUUCAUGUAUAGUCUUGCACCUAGUGUUUUGCUGAAUAAACUUAAGAUUAUGAUUGCAUUGCAAACCUCAAAUAUUUGUGGAACGUAUCCUUUGACUACCUGCUAGAAACAAAAUUAUAAUCCUCCUUGCGGUAGGUGUGACGACAUACAUACGGUAAACCAUCCUUUAAUGUUGGGUAAAACCAGAUGAGAAUAUUUUUAAUCAUCGGAUGGAGGAGAAUACCCAUGAUGAUAGAUUUCUUAAAUGCCUUGAAAGUGGUUUAGACUACAUACUUUGCCAAUUAUGAUGUUUAUUGCUUCACUCUGAGCUUCAUCUGCAACUCAGUUUUAGUACCAAUAUAGAUAACCAGAUAUGCUUCUACUAUAUAGUGCAUAAGUACUACUUGUAUCAGGCAUCUAAUAUGACUAGAAUGAUUUAGUACAAGAUUCCAUAGUCUUAUGGUCACUAAAGAGCAGAGUUCACAUGCUUCAUCUAUUCACAAAACCACCCUUAGGUUUUUAAACAGGACAUGUCUUGAGCACUCCAGUGUUAGAAAUGUGUCCUGCUUUUUUUUUUAUAGGAUAACUCAUUUUUUGAAGAAAUCCACAGAUUAACUACUAUCAUAUAUACAUAUAUGAUAGUUUUGUUUUAUAUUUAAACAAUGAUUACAUUCUUAUGGUUCAAUCAAUCGGCAACUCAUAGUGCUGUUGUUGAAGUUUCAUCUGCAAAAUCCAAAAUUUUGUCCAUUCAGGAACUUUGAAUUGGUUGUUAAACUUAUAUACAAAGUAUUUUAACAGUUUUCUCCGUGUCAUCAUAUUCAUCAUCAUCAUUUAUUUAUCUCUGCCAAGAACAGAAACAAUUGCAUGUUGCUCACAUUGCUUUUAGUAUCAUUUUUGGCAUCAGCCACAUUCAAUAUAUUUGUAUAUACAACAAAAGCUGUUUCUCAUAAUCAUAUUAUCAUAUAUAUUGCGUACUCUGUAAAUAUAUGGAUAUACAUGCAUAAAUUAUGUUGUUCGGAUAUAUACUUUAUUGCACAUAGAUAUUUUCGAUCGGAAUAGUUUUUCUUAGCUGCAGGUCCACAUUCCAGGCUAAGAUGAAAAGAAAGUUGCCCCCUAAUCUACAAUUGGCUGGACAAGUGCAGUACAUGACUGAUUUUAAUACUAUAAGUGGACAAAUCUGGGCACUCAAAUUAUUGGAAGCCCUGUGGACUUCUGCCUUGUAUCCAAGUCUGCCAGAUGAAGUAUGCAUAGUCUUAUGUGAUGAAUGCUCGACACCAUCUUAAUACAUCACCCCUUCUUGUAUAAUACUAUACAGUCAAUCAGAAUAUUUUUCAAAGACCACCCACGAUCCUUAGUUUUGGUAUUGCACUAUGCUGCAAUAGCCGAGUUGGAGUUCCCUGAUCAGUACUCCACAGUCUUGCCUUCUGCAACUUUUGAGAUUUGCGCUGGGUGAUAACGGCAGCCAGCAUCAACUGACUUGAUGUUAUGAACAUCAUUGCACUUGGAAUUGCUCUGGCUCAGAGUAGCAAGAAGUAAGUUGAAACUUUCUUAGUACUUGUAGCACAUUCAAACCUCUUUGACAUGUCAAGUCAGAUCUCACAUGUGCCUCGAGCAAUCUUGAUUGCUAAUUCUUGUAUCUCAAAAAUAUGAACUUGGUUCUUCUUGAUAUACCUGAUCAUAUAAAUGUCCGUUUUAUCCUUGCUAAAUAAUAUCAUUGAACUACUUGUUAGAAGCUUCUGCCCCCAGUUUCUUUCUCCUCAAUUUCAGCUGCAGAAUAAAAUAUAUGUUUUCCUGUGUCUUUGAUAUCAUUCUACUCCAUGAACCAAAUUUUUUCUUGCUAUCUUUUAGUCACUCUUCAGCCAAAAUUAUUGUCCUUUCCUUCUUUCAGGUUUCAUAUUGUAUUGUAUUUGGACAUAAUUAAAACUUUUGGACAAACAUUAAAACCUCAGCAAACUAUUGCCGUUAAAAUAAAGCCAUGCUUGUCAACUGCAUGUAGCUUUGCAAUGGAAUGUAAUUUUUUGCUUCAAUUUUCAGAAUGCAUUGCCUCAACUAGGUGAGGAUCUUGUAUCUUUCUUGGAAUCUGCUAAGCCCUCUUGAACCUAGUAUUUUCAUGUGCAGAGGCCUCAGUAGAUGGACUCAUAACUGAAGCUUAGGGGAAGGAAUUCAUGAACCAGCACUUUGUGUAUUCCAUUAUUUCUUGCAUCAUUUUUUGCAGAGGCUGCCUAUAUGUGGACUCAUAGCUCAAGCUGAGUAAAAUCAUGAAUUAACACUAAGUCUACUCCUUUUUGUUGCUCAGUUAUUGUGGCAUCACAUUUUUAGAAUUCAAUAUUUUUGUAACAGGAAGGGAUCUUCUUGUUCCAGAACAUGUAGUCUAUUCCAUUGUUUCUUGCAGAGGCUUCCUGUAUGUGAACACAUAAAAUCAUGAAUUAACACUAAAGUCUUCUCUGUGGAUCAGUUAUUGUGGCAUCACAUUUUUAGAAUUCAAUAUUAUUGUAACUGGAAGGGAUCUUCCUGUUCCAGAACAUGUAGGUUGUCGCAGCAAAGUAACCCCUUCAAGCAAUUGGGAGAAGAGAUCUCACCUUGGAACUCCGCUUGUUUCUCCGAAGUUGAUGCAACUCUUGGGAGUUGUCCUUUGUUUGGUGCACUAUUUAGAAGCUCAAGCCCGAUCGAUAAGGAUGAAAAUUGCUCUGUUCAGAUGGAAGAAACAAGCAAUCCCUGGCUUUCAGGACAUAUUAUAAGGUACGAGAAGAGAUGAUGGAUGGUGAUGCUUGAGGUCUACCAUCCAAAACUGCAUGUACCAUGGUACUGUCAUACUUUCACAACUCUUUUUGACUCCACCAUUCCCUCUUCAGCAUCUCUUUUAUGAAAUAGAGCUUUGUCUAUUAAGAUUUUUGAAGGUUGCAAUUAUCUGUCAAUGGGCAAUCCCUGGAAUCAUUAGGAUACAUUUGACGGAAACAUUAGUGGGUCUUCUUCUUCCACAUUAAUCUUUUUAUGAAAGAACAUGAUUUUAUGAUGGAUUUCACAUACGAAAAAUUUUGGAGUAGUCUCAUAAUUUGUUAUGGAAUUCUCUUUGUUUUAUUUGAAGUAUCACAACUGAGAACUUUAUUUUAGGUAUUAGUUGUGUUUAAGAUAAAAAUCUUGUGCCUUUUCUUUUGUCAUGGACACAAAAAGGGACAUUACCCAUUGCUUGUAGGUUUGGAUGGUUUGGAGAACUUGUUGUAAUGGGCUGGUUCAUGGCCUAUCUGACCUUCACUUUGGAAUGGCAGUAUGUGUUCGUCUGGUCCAUAGGCAGUCCUAAGCCUGUCAUUCUAUAACCAGCCACAGAUGUCAUUUUUGGUCUGAUAUUUGAUGAGAUGUACCGAUCAAUGGUAAUGUAGGAGAAGAAAACGAGCAAAUUACUCGAGAGAAUUAAGAAAACAAUAGUUACGACUUUGUGUCACUGUUAUAGAAUGACUGGUUUUUCCAUGGCCAAGCCAGACAAGUUCGAUGGGAGCAUAGAAGUCCACCAAAACCAAACAGUUAGAGGUUUAGAGCUACAAUUGAAAGAAAAAAAGUCUCGGACUUUAAAUGUUGGAGAAUGGGACAAUCAACUUGCUCUCAAGAAAUAGAUAUGUUUGAUGGGGAAUCAAGAAAUGGAAACAGCAGCUUUGACUAUGUAUCUGUUUAUGAAAUGACUGGUUCUUUCAUCACCAACCAGACAAGUCCACUGGGAGCCCUAGAAAUCUGGGAAAACAAAAUAAUUAGAGUUACAAUUAGAAGAAAAAUCAUGGAAGAAAUGUAUUGAAUCUUUUCUUUUCUAUCACCAAGCUAGAAAAGUCCAAUGGAAGCCAUAUAAAUCCAGCAAAAGCACAUAAUUAAAGUUGCAAUCCAAAACAAAAAUCUUUGACUUGGUUUUGGUGAAGAAAGCAUUCUAUUUGGUACCUCUUUUUUCAUUGGCAGUCCAGUGAGAGCCAUAUAAAUCCUGCAAGACCAGAUCAUUAGAGUUGCAAUCAAAAGAAAAAUCAACUUGGUUGUGAGCUUUCACCAGCUCUGUAAUUUCAAUUGGUAACAAGAACAGGGAGCAUUAGGGAAACUCCCAUUAAGCUUUGUGAUCCAAGUCUAUUACAACCUCACAAAUAUCUGACAAAGGCUUCAAAUGCAUUUAGCUUUUAAUAUCUGCCCAGAAGAAACAUGGCACCAUCACCAAUCUUGCAUGCUAUCCAACAGAGUGUGGUAUGUGUUGCCACAGCAGGUGGUGGUGCUGUAUCAGGCAUUGCAGAAACCAGACUUUAUUCAGAACAUGAAGCUCAUGAUGAAAGUUAAUUUUUCUCUCCCUUACUGGUGAGCUCAUGAUGAAAGUUCUCAAAGGUUGGAGUUCACAUCUCCCACACAUGAUGACAAGUAUGAUACCAAAGAAAUGCAUCUCACUGGAUCCAUAUUCCCACAGAUACAACAGUAUUAUACUGUCUGAUGCUAUCAACUCUCACAGAGACAUUCAGGCACCCAUGGAGACAUCAAGACUGAGUAUGCUAUCACAGAUUAGUUGGUUCCUUUGGUCAACCAAAACAAACUUCCAUGCCAAAGGUAUGCAACUUCAUGACACUGUGUCUUUUGCAUUAGCCUCCAUGUCAAGACAAUCUUGAGCUCCCACACACUGCUCAAAAGAACAAAGAAAGAAAGCUCCUUUUUCGUUCCAAGCUCAGAGGCGCGAAUGGUGGGGCUUGGCACCUCGAAGGUGCUUCAAAAAUUGGAACCUUUUGAUGCCUAAAGAGAUGGUGGAUGCAGAGCAGGAGGAAGGGAGGAGAUGAAGAACAGCAUCUUUUCAUGACCGAAAAGCAACCCAUCUCUUGUUUGCUUGCUCUUCGUUGGUUCUUAAUCCUUCGCACCUAAUGGGCGUCGGGUUCUUUGCCUUCUACCUCUCGAUAACUCUGCUGCUGAGGUGCUUGGCGUCGCAGCAGCCGAACACAGACGCCGCCUUCGUCUCUGAGUUCUUCCGGCGGAUGGGGGUGGCGCCCUCCUCCACCAAUGGUAACUCCUCCCAGGUUUGCUCAUGGAGAGGGGUCUCCUGCGAUGGCCAGACCGAGAGAGUCGUCAGCUUGGUGGCUCCCGGCUUCGGGUUCGCCGGCCCGAUCCCGGAAAUCACUAUCGGAAAGCUCAGCGUACUCCGAGUCUUGGAUCUCGGCGACAACAACAUCACUGCUCUUCCUUCAGACUUCGGGGAAUUGAGUGGUUCCCUCAGAAGCCUCAACCUCUCCUCGAACGAGAUCGCGGGGCCGCUUCCGACCAACAUCGGCAACUUCAAGCGGAUGGAAAGCCUCGACCUUUCGCGCAACCGGUUCUCAGGGGAGAUCCCGAGCGAGGUCCGCUCGCUGUCGAACCUGCGGGUCCUCAAUCUCAGCAAGAACUCGUUGGAGUCGAGCAUUCCGAACGCCAUUCUCGGAUGCGUCUCCCUGGUUGCAGUUGAUCUUUCCAGCAACAGGUUGAGCGGGAGCGUCCCCGAUGGAUUUGGCGCCACUUUCGCAAACCUAAGCACCUUAGAUCUCUCAGAAAACGAGAUCAGCGGAAAGAUGCCAGAUUUCUCCGGGUUGAAUUCGAUCACCUAUCUCAAUCUCUCUGGCAAUCUUCUCCGGGACUUGGAUCUCGGGGGAAUCCGAGGCCCGUUGCAGGUCAUCGACCUUAGCAAUAACCAGUUCCAUGGCCUCAUCUCCCAGGUGAACACCAGCUCCAUCUCCACCUGGUCUUCUCUGGUUUACCUUGACGUGUCGAUGAACGAGCUCACCGGAGAGUUCUUCUCCGGUCUGGGGGAUUUGAGGUCACUAAAGCAUCUCAAUCUUGCAUUCAACAAGUUCUCCAGCCAAGAAUUCCUUCACAUAGAAAUGCCUUCUGCCCUACAGUAUCUCAACUUGUCCAAGACCAAUCUCACCGGCCAAAUUCCACCUGGGAUCUCUCAAUUGCAUGACCUGAAGGUGUUUGAUGUUUCGCAGAAUCAUAUCACUGGCAAGAUCCCUGAGCUAAGCACUGGGAACCUGCGAGUGAUAGACCUUUCAGUGAACAAUCUCACAGGUGAAAUCCCGGAGUCCUUGCAACAGAAGCUAUCCAGUAUGGAAAGGUUCAACUUCUCCUACAACAAUCUCACUUACUGUGCCGAGAAAUUUUCGCCGGAAACACUCAUUUCGUCAUUCAUUGGGUCACAAAGUGACUGCCCCAUUGCAGUCAAUCCAGAUGGUGUUGGAUCCAAGGGUAGCAAACGCAGGGCUCUCAAGCUAGGACUGGCCAUAGCUUUCUCGGUGUUCUUUUUGUUUGCAGGGCUCAUCUGCCUUGCCGUUGCAUGGCGAAGGAGGGGGAAAUCCUGGGCAAUUAAGCAACCGUCGUUCAAAGAGGAGCAAAAUGUCUCCGGCCCCUUCCGCUUCCAGACCGAUUCGACUACUUGGGUUGCCGAUGUCAAGCUUGCUACUUCGGUGCCUGUUAUCAUCUUCGCAAAGCCAUUACUGAACUUUACCUUUGCUGACCUCUUGAGUGCAACCUCCCAUUUUGAUCAAGGAACCUUGUUGGCAGAGGGAAAGUUUGGACCAGUCUAUCAAGGAUUUCUACCUGGAGGAAUCAAUGUUGCUGUGAAGGUCUUGGUUCAUGGAUCAGCAGUGACAGACCAGGAAGCUGCCAAAGAGCUUGAGCGGCUAGGCCAGAUCAAGCACCCCAAUUUAGUGCCCUUAGCUGGUUACUGCUUAGCCGGGGAUCAAAGGAUUGCUAUAUAUGAUUACAUGGAUAAUGGAAACCUACAGAAUCUACUUCAUGAUCUACCACUGGGUGUGCAGUCAACUGAAGAUUGGACUAGUGAUACAUGGGAGCAAGAUAAUGCCGAUGCGCAAAGCAUCACGACGGAAGGGAUGACUACUUGGAGAUUCCGACACAAUAUUGCAUUAGGUACUGCAAGGGCAUUGGCAUUUCUCCAUCAUGGAUGUUCUCCCCAGAUAGUUCACAGAGAUGUGAAGGCAAGUAGCAUCUAUCUUGACUCGGCACUGGAGCCUAGGUUAGCUGACUUUGGACUAUCAUGUUUAGUUGGGGCUAGCAUGGAGGGUGAAUUGUCUCAAGGAUCACCAGGUUAUGCUCCUCCAGAGUUCUCUGAGCCAGAAAAUGCAUCUGCAACAACGAAAUCCGAUGUUUAUGGGUUUGGGGUGGUGCUGUUUGAGCUUCUUACAGGGAAAAAACCAAUUGGAGAUGAAUAUGCUGGAGACAAAGAGACCACUUUAGUCGGUUGGGCGAGGGCUUUGGUUAGAAGAAACGAGCUCACAAGAUUAGUUGAUCCAAAGAUUCGUGAAACGGGACCGGAGAAACAAAUGGAGGAAGCACUAAGAAUUGCCUAUCUAUGUACAGCUGACUCGCCGUCGAAGAGGCCAUCCAUGCAGCAGAUUGUUGGUCUUCUGAAGGACAUUGAGCCUGCCACAAUUUAGCAUUGAAUUGUUCAACACUUCCAACUUCGAUUCAGAUUUCAGGUCUUUGCUCUUCUCUUUUCUCACUUGUUUUCUGCUGUCUCCACUACAUCAUCUGAACAAAGGGCUUGCUAUCACACUCGGGUCACAUUCUCUAUUAACCUUCUAUGAACUACUUCAUGUAUCUCUACAUUGGACAAUCCUUUCAUCUAUGACAAAUUAGGUACUGUCCCUUAAAGCUACUAGAAAAGCAACCUUCAAUAUAACCCUCUGUUCCCUUGUCUAUGA